AUCAACGUUUAGGCGUGCCACGCAUACAGGGAGCCGACGAGCUGCAACGACUAGGCUUUCAGACGAUGGGCACUGGCCCCUCAACGGCACAGCAAACCUUCGUGCAGAAUGCAGCGAUGACGGACACGCAAUGGGCUCCGUCGGCCCAGCCGCGCGCGGAGAGGCAUCGCGAGCCCCAAGCGGCAGCGCCUGGCAGCUCCCACUCGGACUCGCGCGGGCCCGGCUCGGCGCGAUUGGCGUCUAGCUCUGGCGCUGGAAACUCAGCCCAGGACCGGCUAAUCGUCGACAUUCGUGGGACUCACAAGGACCUGGACGUUUAUGUCCGGCAGCUUGACCCGCGUCCUCAGGACCUGGAGGUCAACCUGCGCAAUGCCUGGAACGGGGUGCAGGCAGUGGGCGGGCUGCUGAUCACGCUGCUGACAAUUCAGAAGCUGUGGGAGGACAUCCGCUUCGUCCGCGUACUGCGCCGUGAGCUGUCCACGCUAGCCGGAUCGCUGCUGGACGCCCCAGCCAACGGCGGCGGCGGCGGCGGCGGCAGGCCGGGCUCACCCAGCCGCAACAGCGGCAGCGACAGCCCCAGCCGGGGGCGCCGCGGCCGGCGGCGCUCGGGCGGCGGGGGCCACUCCGGCGGCGCCGGCAGCAGCGGCGGGGCCACCUCGGCCGCAGCCCGCCAGUUCGACAUCAGCGAGCUCAGCGAACUACUGGGUUUGGGCGGCAACGGCAAUGGCAGCGGCGGGAGUGGGGCAGCAGGCAGCGGCGGCAGGGGCAAACCCGGCGCGGCGGGGCCGGCGGCUGGGGCUGGCGCGACAUCCGGGUCGGGGCCGGGCGCGGGCCGCAAGCUGGCGCCCGGAGGCGCAGGGGGCGCCGGGGAAGCGGCGGCGGUGCCACACACGGCGGACAGCGGCGCGGCGGCGGGCGGCAGCCAACCACGAGAGACCACCUGGGGCUCCAUAUCAGGGCUGACGGAGGUCAAAAUGCUCCUGCAGGAAGCCACGGUGCUGCCCACCCUGCGCCCCGACCUGUUCCGCGGCGUGCGGCAGCCGCCCAAGGCGCUGCUGCUGUUUGGGCCGCCCGGCACCGGCAAGACCCUGCUGGCGCGCGCGGUGGCCACCGAGAGCCGAGCCACCUUCCUGCCCGUCACAGGCAGCAGCGUGCUGUCCAUGUGGUACGGCCAGAGCGAGCAGAACGUCAAGGCGCUGUUCGAGCGCGCGCGGCGCCGCCAGCCCUCCGUCAUCUUCAUAGACGAGGUAGACAGCCUGCUGGGCCGCCGCGGCGGCGGCGCCGGACCCAGCGACUCCACGCCCGAUAAGCGCGUCACCAACGAGUUCCUGGCCUUCAUUGACGGCAUCCAGACGCAGCCGCCCGGCAGCGGAGGCAGUGGGGGAAGCGGCGGCAGUGGGGGGAGCGGGGGCGGGGGUGGGGGAGGGCAUGGGGGCGGCGAGGGCGGCGACUCGCGGGUGAUCGUCAUCGCGGCGACCAACACGCCCUGGGACCUGGACGAGGCGGCGCUCAGCAGGUUCUCACGGCGCAUCUAUGUGCCCCUGCCGGACAAGGCCACACGCGCCUCGCUCAUGCGCAAGGCCAUGGAGGGCGUGGCAGCCGACAUCAGCGACGAGGAGUGGCAGCAGCUGUCGGAGCGCUGCGACCUCUACAGCGGCCGCGACCUGGUGCAGGUGUGCCGCGAGGCAGCCAUGCGGCCGCUGCGCGAGCUGUGGGGCCGCCGGCUGCUGGAGAGCGCGCCCGUGGCCGCGGGCGGCGGCGGCAGUGACGGAGCGCCCGGCAGCGGGGCGGCGGGAGGAGGCGGAGGCCCCGGGGGCGGAGGCACCGGCGCUGGCGGCGGCGGGCGGGGGGCGGGCGGGCUGCCGGUGAGUCCCCAGCAUGCGGCGGCGCACCAGCGGCUGGUGGAGCUGGUGGCGACCAGCCUGGUGCAGCAGGCACGGCAGCAGCAGGGGCAGGAGCAGGAGCAGGAGCAGGGGCAAGGGCAGCAGGACCAGAGGCAGGGGCAGGGGCAGCAAGACCCCGUUGAUGAGGCCGGGCCGGAUCAACAGCCGCAGGCGGCGCAGGUGCAGCAGCAGGGGAGUGGGGACAGCCCGGCUGCCGCGGCGCCGGCGGAGCCUGCAGCGCCAGGCGAGCGGGCGGUCGGGGCUGCAACGGCGGUGUCCGAGCCUGAAGCGAGCCCGCGAGGCGGCAGUACUGGUGCCGAGGAGGCGAAGCCAGCUGACGAGGCAGGGGCGGGAGCGUCUGCAGCACCCUCGGGGUCGGAGCCGGCGGCUGCGGAUGCGGGCGCUGUGCCCGUGGAGUCAGGGCCGGCGGCUGCGGCAGCCCGGCCGCAGCCGCAGCCCAAGGCGGCAGCACAGCCCCCUCAUGCGCAGCGGAGAGCUCGCGCGUGGCGGCCAUGGCGCUGGCUGGGCUUGGGUUUCGGCGCCGGCAGCCGGAGCCGGUUCGCUCGCAGCAAGCACCAGGCCCGCCGCGAGCUGGAGCGCUGGAAGCGGCAGCAGGGCGUGGCGGCGGCCUGGGUGGACGUGGAUGGCGUCAUGGCGGCGGCGGAGCGGCUGGCGGAGAGCCGGAUGGCGGAGGCGGAGGCGGCGCAGGGGCAGGCGCAGACAUCCUCGGACGGCGCCGCUACCACCUCGGCCCCGGCGACUGCAGAUGCCGCUGCUGCUGUGGGCGGGUCAGCGGCGGAGGCAACUGUUGGGGUCGGCAGCAACAGCAGCGGUAGCAGCAGCAGCAGCAGCAGCAGCAGCUCUGGCGGUGCGGCAGAUGCAGCUGUUAUGGUUGAGUUGGCAUCGGCGGGGAGCAAGCGGAAGGCGGACAGCGAGGCGGGUGCGGCCGAGGCCUGCAGUGCACCUGGAGCGACGGAGGCGGAGGAUGGCAAGACCACAGCAACCGCUGGUGCUGGUGCUGGUGCUAGUGCUGCAGCGGCCACGCCCGCCUCCACCACCGCCUCCACCAAGCCUGUGUCUGCUGCCACUGCAAUCAGCGCUGCCGGCAAACGCAUCAGCGGCAGCGGCACCAGGAGCGGCGGGCCGCCACCAGUCAUGGCGAACAGCCUGGAAGACUUGCUGUCGCUGCCCGCCACCAGCGUGCGGCCGGUGACUAAGGCGGACUUCGAGGCGGCGCUGCAGGUGAUCAGCCACACGGAGAUGGACCAGUCCGUCAAGUACGCGGAAUGGGACUUGCAGUACGGCAGCGGACAGAACAGCGGGCGAGCCUACGGCGGCCGCGCGGGCCGCUGGCAGUCCAUGUACGUGUGAGCAUGUGUGUGUGUGUGUGUGUGUGUGUGUGUGUGUGUGUGUGUGUGUUGCUGUGAGGUGUGGGUUUGACCUGGUCUGUGUCGUGUUGUGGUGUGUCGUGGCGUGUCGUGACGGGCUGAGUACGCCGGGGUGGAUGUGUAGCCCGGUGCGUCGCAGCGGCCUACCAAGCGUGCGCGUAUGGUGUGUGUAAGUGAGGUUACGCGCAAAGAACUGAGGCACACUUUAUCAUGCAUACGCACGACGCCAAGUUAGCGGUGUGCAAGUCAGAUUGCCAUCUAAUAAGCUGACGGGGCGUUGCAGUCACUGAGGGCGUCGAGGCCCAAGCAUUUCGGUAGAUGUUCUGAGUGUUUAGUGAAGUACAUAGACAUCGGCCUGAGAAGUGGAAACCGGAUUCAUAGCUGUGCUGGCUCAACUCGCGGGAUUCGCUGUUGCAUGUAUGCAUCCUCAUCAUUUGCGCUGCAGUGUCGCAACCAGCACUUAACCUGUGCUGACUUGCUGCGCAAGGUGGUGGCCCCGGUGCGCGUGUGUUUGUGUUCGCGGUUGCGCUCUGGACAUACUGUACGGUCCGCGAUCCGCCCGCUAGCUAUGACGAUCCGAGCUAGUGUGUGCAUGCCUUGUGUACAGUGUUGAUGUGCCGAUUGGCUGACUCGCAUGACAUCGCGUAGUGAGGUGCAUACUUUUGACGCGUGCACUUGGUGCCGCGUGAUGUGGGUAGCGCUCGGGUGCCGUUGACGCUGGCUCGAGGCGCACGGCCCCACCUCCGCAAGUUGUUCAUUGCGCCCGGCAGGGCCUGCAAAUUGUCCCCGAAUUGAGGCGGUAUGCUACCCGUGCAUGGCUGCGUGCGUGCGUUGCGGCCGGGCGCCUGUGCAGCAGGAUCACACAAGACGACGUGCCAGGCACGCAGCCGGGUACGGCGGUAGAGCAGGAUGUAAACAAGUUGUAUUUCUAGGUGUUCGUGUGCCGGCGUAAAUGUAAAGAGAGGCAUAA